GCAGGCUGACUUCGUACGCUGCCCGAAAAAAUGGUUCCCGUCCACAAAGUGCUUAGACAGUCCUCCUUUGACUGUAUCCCUGACCAUCCACUCAACUCAGAUUUUGUUACAAGAUUAAAGAACGCGCUAAAAGCCGGGGACGAAAAGGUCGUAAUGGAUUUACUCUGCAAUGAAGUUAAGCAUGCAGAUGCCACCAUAGAGCUGUCUAAUGAUGACUGGAUGAAGACCCCAACAGCUCAAUUGCACACUCUGGUGUUAGUAGGAAACCUCAAGAAGCUCAAAGCUCUGGUCGAUCAGUAUUACGAAGAUGUCAAUGUGGUCUUUGAGAUCAGUAAAAAUGAGCUGGAAUGGCAGGUGAAAAAGAAAGCUGCUUAUGGACUGUCAGGCCUGUGGUCUCUGGAAUACAAGAGGGAUCUGACCAACCCGCUCUGCAUCUCGGCCAUCCACGGACACACUGCCUGCCUUCGUCACCUGCUCUUCUGGCGAGCUGACCCAAAUGCAGCUCCAGGAGGACGGAGUGCCCUGCAUGAAGCCUGCAAGAGGGGCAACAGAGAAUGCGCAGAGUUGCUGCUGGAACACAAGGCGAAUCCCAAUCUUCUGAGUGAUGAUGGGCAAGCACCUUUGCACCUGUGCACCAGCCAGAACACAUUAGGGUGUGCUAAAGCUUUGGUGACUUUUGGUGCCCUGGUAAACCAGCCAAGUGAAGAAUCCCAAGAAACACCUCUUCACGUAGCAGCUAAGCAUGGACUUUCCGACCACACGCUCCUGUACCUGAGGUGUGGUGCUCUUGUGGACCAGAAGAACAGCCUGGAGGAGACAGCGCUCAGUGUGGCUUGCAGAGAAGCAAAGAAAGGGGAGAGCCAGGACAGCUACUUGCAAGUAUGUCAGCUGCUGCUGGAAUAUGGAGCAGAAGUAAACACUGUGGAUGAAGAAGUGAAGACUCCGCUUCAUAAAGCCUGCGGAAAUGCUCAUCACAGCUUGGUUGAGCUCCUGCUGCAGAGGAAAGCCGAUGUCAACGCCAUUGAUUACAAUGGGGCAUAUCCAAUGUCCUGUGUCCUGCAAACGGCAGCUUUCAAGCAAGAGCAGAGGCCCCAUCUCACAGUACAGACCCUGAUAAACCAUGGCUCUCAAAAACUGUGGCCCACAGCUUUCAUCAAGGUGCUGAAAUCUUGUGCUUCUGUGCCAGAGAUUAUUGAAAUCCUUUACAAUUCUUACCCUCAUCUUCCCAUCUCUGAAAAAUGGCUGGAAGUCAUCCCAAAUGAAGAAUUUCAGAGGCACCUAUCUUUCUAUGAGUCCUUCCAGAAUCAGAUGUACAAGGUCCGCUGUCUGCAACAUUUGUGCCGCUGUGCCAUCAGGAGAAAAUUUGGCAGUAGGUGCCAUUUUCUCAUUCCCUUACUGCCCGUUCCCAAACCACUACAAAAUUAUCUACUGUUAGAACCUGAGGGAUUCUUGCUUUGAAUAUCUUGUACCAAGCCACCAAAUCUCACCAUUGUAUCUGGGUCCUCAUUGGCGUAUGAUAAAUGAAUUGCUUAU